AUGCAUUUCUCCAAAACGUAUACGCAGCUUCUGCAGAGUCUCCCCCCGGAGAUGCGCGACAACGCAAUCGAGUACCGGCAGCUCAAAAAAAUAAUCAACCAGAUCGUCUCCGAGCUCUCAGAGCUUGGACUGCAGCCCGCGGUACUGCACGAACUGAUGGUGCCCGGGUCUCCUCCGCCUGUUACACCGCCUGCUGCUGCUGGUGCUGUUGCUGAAGUUCCGCACCCUCCAACGACCGAGGGGUCCUCCCCUCCACAUUCACCGACCGAGGAAUCAUCGCAUUCUGCUGGACCCUCGGGAUCAAAAACGCCCACUAACGAAUCCUCUCCUGCUGAAUCUGCUACGGUGGCAUCGGCGUCAUUGACAGUACCACAGCCUUCAACAUCUAUACCCAUUCCCAUACUCGUCCCGCGCAAAAGCGACGGCGACGACAAAGGGAAAGAAAAGGCACACGACGGCGACGUCGACGAGGACCACGAACACGAACACGGACACGGACAUGAUACAACCUCGCUUUUAUCGGCAUCAUUCCCAUCCUACCCAUCCUCACUCAACGCUUCGCUUUCUUCCUCGUCUACGGCUUCGUCGUCUGUGUUCUCCUCUUUCGCAGCGCCGUUGUCAGGUGAUACGCAGUAUUCCAGCUCUAGCACACCACAUCCACAUCCACAUUCUAACCAAUCGCAUCCACACCCACAUCCACAUGCGCACCCACACCCACGCGUGGUGUACGAAUUGAACGCAGCGUCGGGCAAGAUCGAGCCUCAACUGCGGAUAUGGAUAUGGGUGAAACCCAAGGUAGGCGGUAUCAGCGAAGAUGGGCACGGGAGUGGGAGUGAGAGCGCAAGUGGUGCGACAACGCCUAUAGGCCAUUUGUCGCCUUCCGCAUCGUCGUCAACGUCUGCGUUAGGGCAGGUUGAGGAGACGGGGCCAGCCGCGGUGGAUAGCAAGGAGGGCGGUGACGAGGCGGUUGCGUCUCCGGAAAAUGCGAAAGAGAGUGGCGGGAAGGAGACGUAUGGGCAGGGGGACCAUGUAGAAGGUCUCGAGGAGCUGGAGGACGGAGUGCAUUACGAUGAUGGCGAUGGAAGGCAUGCGGAGCUGUUGUGGCAGUUCCAGCAGCGGCACUUUGACGGCGAACGCAUCGUCGAGGUCGACGAGGGCGAGCAAUACCCCCACGACCCCGACACGCACCACACACACCACGCACACCCAGACGCCCACAUCCAAAUGCGCGAAAUCGUCAUCCCGCUCGUGCACGACACACACUUCUUCUCCCUGCUCUCCUCCAAGCUGACGCACAUAUCCACACACCUCGCAUCGAUCCACACCUCAUUCAGCGCCUCGCUCACCGAGCUGCAGCGCACCAUCGCGGACGCCGCCGCGCCCGCGUCCGCGUCGGCCUCUACGCGUUUCCGGCCGAGCAGCGCGCUGGCCUCGGACGCGGGCGGCGUUCGCGUGCGGACGAAGGAGGCGGAUCUGAAGAGCGACCUGUACUUCUGGCGCGAGAUCUUCCAGAUGUACGUCGAGGCGGAGGUGUUUGAGUCCGUCGCAGAGGCGGACCGCGGCGAGCGGAGCGUGGAGGAGAGCGAGCGGCGGCUGCAGAUGUUCGCGGAGCGCGCGACGCAGCGCGGUAUGGGUGAGGUUGGCCGGCUGAAGCUCCCAGCGAGCCGGGAGGCGCUCGAGACGUUUUUGCGCAUGAAUCUGAUGAUUCUCGACGUCAAAAAGUUCUCGCAUGCCAAUUCGGAGGCGACGCGCAAGAUCCUCAAAAAACAUACCAAACGGACAGCGCUGUUCUACCCGGGCUUAUCUUCAUCCUCUCUCCUCCCCGCAUCAUCAUCCACAGCCCUCGCAUUAUCCGCACACGCGUCCUCGCCGUUCACCUUCCCGCGUCUGCUCGUCCAGGCGCUCUGCACGACCCUCCUGCCGAUCAUCCCCUCGCUGGAAGACUACUCGUGUUUGAUCUGCACCAGCAUCGCGUUCAAACCGAUCCGGCUGGACUGCGGCCACCUGUUCUGUGUGCGCUGCCUCGUCAAGAUGCAGAAGCGGGGCAAGGGCGAGUGUCCGUGCUGCAGGCGCUGGGUCGUGCUAGGCGCGAAUCGACGUAACGUUGAUUGGGCGCUCCUCAACUUCAUGCAAGACUGGUUCCCGCUUGAAGCGCGAGACAAGCUGCAUCACAACGAGAAGGAAGCGGCGGAAGAGGAGAUGCGCGAGCUCGGCAUCGACCCAGACCAGGGAUGUAUUGUGAUGUAA